GUCACGACUGACGUCACGCAGCAGGCGGAAGCAGCUCUCACAGCUAAGAUGGCGGAGGAGCAGCAGGAGUCAUCACAGGGAGAGAUGGAGGGAGUGAACUGCCUCGCGUACGACGAGGCUAUUAUUGCUCAGCAGGACAGGAUUCAGCAGGAGAUCGCCAACACCAACCCAUUAGUGUCGGACAGACAGGAGCUGACUGUCUUGCAGAGAGAAUAUGCCGACGAUGACCAAGUUUAUCAACUCAAGAUCAAGGACCUACACAAAAAAUACUCGUAUAUUCGUAAGACACGACCAGAUGGGAACUGUUUCUACAGAGCCUUCGGUUUCGCACAUCUCGAGUCUCUGCUGGAUGACAGCAAAGAGCUUCAAAAGUUUAAAGCAGUCGCAUCGAAAAGUAAACUGGACCUGGUUAACGAAGGCUUCACUGAAUUUACCAUCGAAGACUUCCACAACACUUUCAUGGACCUGAUCGAACUAUGUGAAAAACAGCCAAGCCUGCAGGAGCUGCUGAGCUCCUUCAACGACCAGAAUGUCUCGGACUACGUGGUCGUGUACCUGCGGCUCCUCACCUCCGGCUACUUGCAGCGAGAACACGGCUUCUUCCAGCAUUUCAUCGAAGGAGGACGCUCUGUCAAGGAGUUUUGUCAGCAGGAGGUGGAGCCGAUGUCUAAAGAAAGUGACCACAUUCACAUCAUCGCCUUGGCUCAGGCCCUGAACGUGUCCAUUCUGGUGGAGUACAUGGACAGAGGGGAAGGAGGAACUGUCAAUAACCACGUCUUCCCCGAAGGCGGCGAUCCACGCAUCUUUCUGCUCUAUAGACCAGGCCACUAUGACAUCUUGUACAAAUAACACUCCUGGCCGCAGCCCUCGUCCUCCACCUCCCGCUCUGCCGCGCAGCAGGGCGAUCUAAAAAAAAUAAAACUUCAACAGCCACGUUGAUGACGCAUACAUCUGUGUAUGAGAUUAUACCCAUGUAUUUGGAAAUAAAAAUUGACGAAAAUCACAUAACAUACCUCCUUUACCCUUCUUCUUCCCAACCCCCCACGUUUCCCCUCGGCCAUCAUUAAAAAGUUUAACUAAAAAAAAAAAAUUAAAAAAAAAUGUCCUGGAAAAAUAGUCAUUUAGAGUUGUACAGGUCUUUUCUGUUGUGGUUGUAAAUGUUAUCUACUUGCUUUGUUUGAAUCUUUUCCUUUGUUACACUGCGUUUCAUUAAGUUUUAUUAAAGCGAUUUACAUCUAA